UUCAGCUCUCUGCCCCACACUCACACGUCCACCAAUCACCUGGUGUCCACUGAGUUAUUCUGCGUGAGCUGCGAGUUCAGUCCACACCGCGCCAUCCCACGUUUAAGAGUUGCAUUUGCUCAGCAGCUACUGUACAAGCCCAGUGACGAAGGUUCAGGACUUCCCGUGAUGGUGUUCAUCCACGGCGGUGGGUUCCUCGGAGGGGGCGCCGAGGAGUACCUGCCCUUUGCUCUCCUUAACCAUAAUGUUGUGGUGGUCGUCCUUCAGUACAGACUCAAUGUAUUGGGUUUCCUGUCGACGGAGGACUCGGUGAUCCCUGGCAACUUCGGGUUGAAGGACCAGACGCUGGCCCUCAAGUGGGUGCAGCGGAACAUAAACAACUUUGGUGGAGACAAGACCAAGGUCACCAUCUUCGGCCAGAGCGCUGGUGGAGCCUCUGUGCACUACCAUUUACUGUCCCCGAAAUCAGAAGAGCUGUUCACCCGUGCAAUCAUGAUGUCUGGGACGUCUCUGUCUCCUUUGGCUAUGACCAGGACCCAUGGAGAGCAGACACAGUACAUCGCCUCCAAACUGGGUUGUUCCACACACCAAGGCAGUGAAGCUCUCCUCGUGUGUCUACAAGACGCUGAUGCUCAAAGUCUAUCAGCUCUUUCCCAAGAUUUCUUAAAAUGGUUCGUAUUGCCCAUGACUUAUGGGCCAAGAGUGGACGGGGACAUCGUGCCGGAGGAACCAGGCCAUUUGCUGAGGGAGGGACGCUUCAGUAAAAAGGAUGUGAUGGCCGGCGCCGUGCCCCAGGAAGGGGCAGGGUUCGUACAUGCUAUGUUGACCCAGGACGGAUUGUACGAAGACCUGCGAGACAACUUCAACGUCACGGCUCCUCACACCCUCCAGUGCACGGCUGACAAUGGUGACCCCGUCAGCCUGGCCCGGAGGUUGUACCAGCAUUAUCUCGGCCAGCACCAGCAAGUUGACCCUAUAGUCCAUAGUGAAAACCUGGUCAAGAUGUUCAGUGACCGUAUGAAUUUGAUGGAUAUUGAAGAGACAGUAUUGCAUCACGCGAGGCACUCCAGCAGCACCAACACCUUCAGGUACAUGAUGACCCACCGCAGUCAGCUGUCCAUGGCUGAUUUCUUCCCUACAGACGUCGGCAGCCACUGGGUGUCUCACGGCGACGACCUGUACUACUUGUUCCGAGGCGGCCCCUUCCUGCAGCCACCCCAGCAGUCUCCAAAGCGACUCCACGACCUACAGAGCAAGGAUGACCUCGCCGUGAGGGACAUCAUCACCGCAUUGUGGACUAACUUCGCCGCCACAGGGAACCCGACACCUGACGCCUCUCUCGGAUUCAUCUGGGAGCCCUCCACUGAGGACAACCUUCAUUACCUUGACCUCAAGCCCAAACCCACCAUGGAGGCUGACCGACGUCAAGAGGUACGUAGAUUCCACGCGUCACUACCCACCAAGGUGAACCUGGCCCUCCACCCUCACCUGGUGCAGGAUGAAGACCCAGUACCUGCCGAUAAGGUAACCGAGACAGCUGGCCACACACGCAACGCCCAGGACGAAUUGUAAGCCGCCAGUAAUUCGGGAUUCUCAAUAAAUAAUAUCCACCCUUAACCUGGCUGAUGCAUUAGGUUAUAAUAUACAGUUACCUUAUAGUCUUUGUGCUGUUUUGACGCCAUUGUGGACCAAAUUAUAUUCAUCAACUUCAAUGAAGCCAGCCAGGUGAUCCUUAAGGGGCACUCAGGUAUGGUCAGAAUCACCUGACGAUGGAGAAUCUCCAAUAUUUUCAUGGGUAGCUUCUGUCAGGUCAGAGUAUUGUUUAAGAGUUUCAACAGAACCUAAAGCAAAAUUAUACACAGCACUGUAAUAUCAGGUUACAAUAUUACUUCAACUGUUUACCAUUCUUUGUAUACUGUACCUACACUAUCUAGGUACAGUUUGUACAAUAUACUGUACUUUCACUGUCUAGACACACUGUAUACUGGCACUGUUUAUACUGUACAGUAUUCUGUACAAUCUGAAUCAAUGUAACUUAGCCUUGUACAUAUCAAAUAAUAAAACAUAGCUUAAACUAUCAUAAGGGAUCCAUUGUGGAAAUAUAGUCACCUCUAAAGCUU